CUGCCAAGCAUUUUGCCCCUUCUUCUUCUUUGCACACAUAAAAACGCGACAACUUCUCUUGAGCGUGUCGACUCUUCUUCUUCUCCUUCUUCGAUUUCGUCUGCACCUUCUCCUUUUUACUUUCUUCUUCCCAUAUGCUUGAUUCUUUGUGAAGGGUUAAUCAAAGAUGAGAUUCAAACAACCUAGCCGUCGAGAUCGUCCCGUCAUGUUUAAACGAUCAAAAAAUGUUUCAGUCGAUGUUGGUGUAGACUCAAUCAGCGAUCUACCCGACGCUGUUCUCCAACAUAUCUUCUCCUAUAUUCCGACAGAGUUGGCGAUCAGAACCUCUGUCUUGUCCAAACGAUGGAGACAUGUAUGGUCCGAGACACCUCAUCUCUCCUUUGAAUGGCUCAAGGUUUCCCCUAAAUUGAUAAACAAAACCCUAGCCAGCUACACGGCUUCCAAGAUCAAGAGUUUUCAUCUCUGUACCCGUUACAGCUACGAGGCAGACACUCACCAUGUUAACAGCUCGAUCGAGUUUGCAAUGUCUCACAACGUGGAUGAUCUUUCUCUGGCGUUCCGUAGAUGUUCACCGUUUUACAAUUUUGAUGAUUGCUUCUACACCAACUCCUCUCUAAAGCGAGUCGAGUUGAGAUAUGUUGAUUUGAUGCCCAGGUGCAUGGUGUCUUGGACAUCACUAAAGAACCUGUCUUUGACCGAUUGUACAAUGUCUGAUGAAUCCUUUCUUGAGAUUCUGUCUGGUUGUCCAAUCCUGGAAAGCUUGAGUUUGAAGUUUUGUAUGUCACUCAAGUAUCUUAAUCUGAGUAAAUCGCUGCGCUUGACAAGAUUGGAGAUAGAACGCAUAUCCUAUAUUCGAGCACCAAUGCUGUCUAUGCAGAUCGUGGCGCCAUAUAUCCAUUAUUUGAGAUUGAGAGACUCUGAGGCACACUGCACUUUCGUUGAUGUCUCUUCUUUAACAGAAGCUAAUGUCGACGUUAGCACUUUCCAUCCUAGAACCUGUUAUCAUGAUUUUGACCCCUUAGACCCUCAUGAUCUUCUAGUCAUGGUGCAAACAAUGCUAAAAACGUUUCAGAAAGUAGAGAAGCUUACUUUGGGGGUUAAUUUACUUCAGAUGUUAUCACUUUCCAAGAUCCCUAGUCUUCCAUUGCCGAUGCUAAAGGUCAAAACUUUGACUCUUGAAACAAUGAUUAUCCGAUCUGUGGUUCCUGGUAUUGCAAGACUGCUACAAAACUUACCUGGAUUAAAGAAGAUAACAGUUUACACAACUAAUCCGUGCAACACCGAAGUGGAGCCAUGUGUUAACAGCUACUUGGACGCGCAAGACUUGAAUCCAGAUCAAUGGUGGAGGUUAGAUGAUGUGGUCUUUCCGAUAUCUUCUGAGUAUGAAGUUUUAAAGCCAGAAAUUAUGGCAUCGUUCAUGGAACUGUUGCUGGCAAACACAAGAACGCUAGAGACAUUGGUUGUAGAGUUGGGAAGUUGCGUUGCUAGAUCAAGAUUUAAAGAGCUGUUUCAGAUCGCACUCACGCUUUCUCACGACAAAAAAGUCUCAAUUAUGCUCAAGCGAAGCAAUGGCUGA